AUGGCGGGACCUGGGGGCUGGAGGGACAAGGAGGUCACCGAUCUGGGCCACUUGCCGGAUCCAACUGGAAUAUUCUCACUGGAUAAAACCAUUGGCCUUGGUACUUAUGGCAGAAUCUAUUUGACUCCUUUACCUGAAAUAGGAAGGCGAGUGAGAGUGAAUAAGUAUCAAAAAUCUGUUGGGUGGAGAUACAGCGAUGAGGAAGAGGAUCUGAGAACUGAACUCAACCUUCUGAAGAAGUACUCUUUCCACAAAAACAUUGUGUCCUUCUAUGGUGCAUUUUUUAAACUGAGUCCCCCUGGCCAAAGACACCAACUUUGGAUGGUGAUGGAGUUAUGUGCAGCAGGCUCAGUUACUGAUGUAGUAAGGAUGACCAGAAACCAGAGUUUAAAAGAAGAUUGGAUUGCUUAUAUCUGCCGAGAAAUCCUGCAGGGCUUGGCUCACCUUCAUGCACACCGAGUAAUUCACCGGGACAUCAAAGGUCAGAAUGUGCUACUGACUCAUAAUGCUGAAGUCAAACUAGUGGAUUUUGGAGUGAGUGCUCAGGUGAGCAGAACUAACGGGAGGAGAAAUAGCUUCAUUGGGACACCAUACUGGAUGGCACCUGAGGUGAUUAACUGUGAUGAGGACCCAAGACGCUCCUAUGAUUACAGAAGUGAUGUGUGGUCUGUAGGAAUCACAGCUAUUGAAAUGGCCGAAGGGGCUCCUCCCCUGUGUAACCUUCAGCCCUUGGAAGCCCUCUUCGUUAUUUUGCGAGAAUCAGCUCCCACAGUCAAAUCCAGUGGAUGGUCCCGCAAGUUCCACAAUUUCAUGGAAAAGUGCAUGAUAAAAAAUUUCCUGUUUCGUCCCACUUCUGCAAACAUGCUUCAUCACACAUUCGUCCAAGACAUAAAAAACGAAGGGCAUGUUGUAGAGUCAUUAAAGAAGCAUCUUACUGGAAUCAUUAAAAAGAGACAGAAAAAAGGGAUACCUCUGAUCUUUGAGAGAGAAGAAGCUAUUAAAGAACAGUACACCAUGAGAAGAUUCAGAGGACCUUCCUGUACUCAUGAGCUUCUGAGACUGCCAACCAGCAGCAGAUGCAGACCACUUAGAGUCCUCCAUGGAGAACCCUCUCAGCCACGGUGGUUACCUGAUCGAGUAGAGCCACAGGUCCAGGCACUUCAGCAACUACAGGGAGCAGCCAGGGUGUUCAUGCCACUACAGGCUCAGGACAGUGCACCUAGGCCUCUACAGGGGCAGGCCCAGGCACCUCAGCGACUACAUGGGGCAGCUCGUGUGUUCAUGCCACUACAGGCUCAGGUUAAGGCUAAGGCAUCUCAACCUCUACAGAUGCAGGUCAAGGCGCCUCCACGACUAAGGAGGACAGCCCAGGUGCUCAUGCCACUACAGGCUCAGGUUAUGACACCUCGGUCUAUACAAGGACAGGCCCAGGUACUCACAGAACAGCAGGCUCAAGCCCAGGACCGGGUAUCAGAACAGCCACAGGAUCUGGACCAGGUACCAGAGGAAUUUCAGGGGCAAGAUCAAGUACCUGAGCAACAACAAAGGCAGGGUCAGGCCCCUGAACAGCAGCGAGGGCAGCACCAGGUACCCGAACAGCAGCUGGAGCAGAACCAAGUACCAGAACAUCCAGAGGUACAGGGACAGGCUGUUGAACCUGUGCAGGAAGAGACCGAAGCAGAGGAACCCGAGUCAUUACGAAUACAUGCCCAGGUGUUCUUGCCGCUGCUGUCCCAGAACCACCAUGUGCUGUUGCCACUACAUUUAGAUACUCAGGUGCUUAUUCCUGUUGAGGGGCAAACUGGAGAGUCACCUCAGGUACAGGCCUGGGCACUAGAGCCCCCUCAGGUAGCUGGUUCGGUUCAAGCACUGAUAGAGGGACUAUCAAGAGACUUGCUUCGAGCACCAGGCUCACAUAACUCAAAGCCACUUGGUCCACUGCAAACCUUGAUGGAAAAUUUGUCAGCAAACAUGUUUUACUCUCAACCAGAACAGGCUCGGAAGAAAAAAUCAAAGGUUUCUAGUCUAAGGCAAGCACUGGCAAAAAGACUAUCACCAAAGAGGUUUCGGGGAAAGUUAUCACGGAGACCUGAAGAGUUUGAACUCUCAGAUUUAGAAGCCCGCAGAAGGCGGCGCCAAUGUAAAUGGGAGGAUAUCUUUAAUCAGCAUGAUGAAGAAUUGAGACAAGUAGCAAAUGACAAAGGAAAUGAGUCAUCAGACAACGAUGAAGUAUUUCAUUCAAUUCAAGCUGAAGUCCAAAUAGAACCACUGCAAUUGUAUAUUCCAAAUCCUAAAGGAAAUGAGGUCCAGGAGAGAUCUACCUGUAUGCCUUACAACCAGGACCAUGCACACCGUGUCACAUUUUCUUCAUGUGUUCCUCAGCAGUGUCUUUUGGAACAAGUUCAGAGGCCCAUUGACAUCAGACAAAGGAGUUCACCAAAUCCUCAAAACUGGCGAGCAGCAUCAGAAUCUUCUUCUGAGGAGGAGAGUCCUGUGACUGGAAGGAGGUCUCAGUCAUCACCACCUUAUUCUACUAUUGAUCAGAAGUUGCUUGUUGAUGUCCAUGUUCCAGAUGGAUUUAAAGUAGGAAAAAUUUCACCCCCUGUGUACUUGACAAAUGAAUGGGUAGGCUAUAACGCACUUUCUGAAAUAUUCCGGAAUGAUUGGUUAAUUCCUGCACCUGUCAUUCAGCCACCUGAAGAGGAUGGUGAAUAUGUUGAACUCUAUGAUGUUGGUGCUAAUACUGAUGGUGACGGUGAUGAUGAUAAUGAUUCUAAUGAUGCUUAUGAAGAUACCUAUGACCAUGGAAAUGCAAAAGAGGACUUUGAUAACCAGAUGGAUCAAGCUAAUGAUGUCUGUGAAGGCCAUCAUGAUGACAAGAAUGAGAAGGCUGUUGUUGAAGAAGACAAUAAUCAUGAUGAUAAUUCUAUUUGGCCAAGGCUAAGCUGUGGCAAAGGUGGAAGAGGUGGAAGCUGCAAACAAGAUGGUGGAGGUGGAAGUGAUGGGAAAGAAGGAACCUGUAGAGUCUAUGGAAGCCAUGGAAACAGUGGAAGCCAUGGAGAGAGUGCAGCCAUUGGAGACCGUGAAGGCACUGGAAGAAGAGGAGGCAAGGAAGGAAGUGGAGGUAAGGAAAUCAGUGGAACCAAUGAAGAGAGUGGAGAUCGUCAACUCAGUGGAGAAGAAAAUUGCUCAGAGACCCAUGUUCCAGGAUUGGAGAGACCAGCAUCCCAGGAUAUUGAACAUCAACAGGAGGUGUCAAGUGGUGGAAGUGAGGUCUCAAAUACCAUUGCCUCAGCACCUGAUAAUGAAGAUGGCAGUAAGGACAUAUCAGAAUCAUCAAUAAAUUCAGGUUUUUCUACCAUCCAUUCAUCUCCUUCCAAAGAUUCUGGGAGGGCUGCUAAUGGUGAUUUUGCCAGUGCCAUCUUCCUCUCACUUGGUCUAUUUGAAGAAAUAGAGCCAGCUGGCAAGAGAGUGAAUUUGCUGUUGGGAACCCGAUCGAACCUGUAUCUGAUGGACAGAAGUGGAAAGGCAGACAUUACUAAACUUAUAAAGCGAAGACCAUUCCGUCAGAUUCAAGUUGUAGAGCCACUCAAUUUGCUGAUUACCAUCUCUGGCCAUAAGAACAGACUUCGGGUAUAUCAUUUGACCUGGUUGAGGAACAAGAUUUUAAAUGAUGAUCCAGAAAGUAAAAGAAGACAGGAGGAAAUGCUAAAGACGGAGGAAGCUUGCAAAGCCAUUGAUAAAUUGACAGGCUGUGAACACUUCAGUGUCCUUCAACAUGAAGAAACAACUUAUAUUGCAAUUGCUUUGAAAUCAUCAAUUCACCUUUAUGUGUGGGCACCAAAGUCCUUUGAUGAAAGUACUGCCAUUAAAGUGAUAUGCAUUGAUCAGUCAGCAGACUCUGAAGGAGACUACAUGUCCUAUGAAGCCUAUAUACGAAUACUGGCAAAAAUACAGGCAGCUGAUCCAGUGAACCGGUUUAAGAGACCAGAUGAGCUCCUUCAUCUGCUGAAGCUCAAGGUAUUUCCAACACUUGGUCAUAAGCCAGUGACAGUUGACCUGGCUAUUGGUUCUGAAAAAAGACUAAAGAUUUUCUUCAGCUCAGCAGAUGGAUACCACAUUAUUGAUGCAGAAUCUGAGGCUAUGUCUGAUGUGACCCUACCCAAUAACCCCCUGGAAAUCAUUAUACCACAGAAUAUCAUCAUUCUACCUGAUUGCUUGGGAAUUGGCAUGAUGCUCACCUUCAAUGCUGAAGCGCUUUCUUUGGAAGCAAAUGAACAACUCUUCAAGAAGAUCCUUGAAGUAUGGAAAGACAUACCAUCUUCUGUGGCUUAUGAAUGUACACAGCGAACCACAGGAUGGGGCCAAAAGGCCAUUGAAGUGCGCUCUUUGCAAUCAAGAGUUCUGGAAAGUGAGCUGAAGCGCAGGUCAAUUAAGAAGCUAAGAUUCCUGUGUACCCGAGGGGACAAGCUGUUCUUUACCUCUACCUUGCGCAAUCGCCACAGCCGGGUUUACUUUAUGACCCUUGGAAAACUUGAAGAGCCCCAAAGCAAUUACGGUGUUUAAAAGAUUCCAAUGAUUUAUUAUGACCACAUUUAAAAGUAUCAUAGAUAAUGCAGUUUGCAUCUUUAAAUUUCUGAGAUUAAAUGAGCAUUCAGUUUUUUUGUUUGUUUGUUUGUUUAGGGAGAAUUAAAUCAGAGAAUUAACUUUUAAUGUAGCACAGAGUAGUUUUAAUGAGAAAUGCAGCUUUAUAUAAAAUUAACUAUAGCAAGCUCUAUGUACUCCAAUGGUGUACAAUACCUUUUGCACAAACUUUGUAACUUUUGUUACUGUGAAUUCAAACAUUACUCUUUGGACAGUUUGGACAGUAUCUAUAUCCAGAUUUUACAACAUGGAUGAAAUAAACUUAUUAUGAGUUAGAUUCCAAGUAGUUUUCAGAGGAAUUGGCCCUGACUGCAAUUUUUCAGGAAAAGAAAAUAAGCAACAAACCAUAUGUGAUUUGUCCAAAGUCAUAUAAAAAAAUCCAAGGUUAGAUCAUGAAAUGGAAAUAUUAAAGACUAUACUGUAAAGCAGACUAAGGU